AUGUUGAAACUGCAGAUUGUAUUGGAGCCGCCUAGUGUGCGGAAUGGUCCGAUUCCCUUUGGUUUCGCCUCUAGCACGGCUGAUUCAUCGCAAGUUAUGGCUGCGGGUUCGCUUUAUGGUUCCGGUGGACCAAGGAACGCUGAUACGUCGCUGCCAUUUCCUUCUAAUUUCAGUGCUGCGAAUACCACACUUUAUCCCAGUCAUUUUGCCCAGUUGAAAAGGAGAAAGUUUCUUCACUUUACAAGGUCGUCUAAUACACUGUUAGACCUAUCAACUGAAAUAGCCGAAAAAUGUGAAAAGAUGUACCCCUCUUUGACUGAAGAGAUUGAGAUCUUAAGUCUCCAAGAUAGCAGUGGUUGUGAUUUGGACCCUGAUUUUUACGUUAAGGAUGUCUUCAAUAUUGACAACACAGUGCGAGUGAUCUUGAAGAACGAGCUGGAUAUAGACGAAUCAGCUCCAGUUUCGUUGUAUAGAUCUCGGAAGAAAAAGAAGCUGAAUAAUGGACUUGGCCAAUCCCAAAUGCAAUCACAGGCGCCGGCUAACUCAGCACAAUCGUUACCACCUGCUUCAUCGUCGUCUACCAAUGGCGGGAUCUUGCAAAUUGCAAAGAAAAGGGCGUCUGGCACCAUUAAGAGACAUCCCAUCAACUCUAACAUGAGAAUAUCAACACCGUUGGCUCAUCAAAUCUACCCGCCGCCAAGCACUAAUCGUGUGGCAUCUAAUAAUUCGGACGAAGAGGAUGUAGCUGAGAGGUCUUUCUUACCUCCUCCAGCACAACCGCAAUCUCCGCCGAUCAGAAUCAGUUCUGGUAUAGAAAAAUCCAAAAGAAUAAGAUCAGCAAUGGAUGAGGAUACUGUCUCAAGAUCGGAAACUGUGGACCCUGAUAAAACGAAGCAGCAACGCUUGCUCUCGGGCACACCGGUACGGCCUGCAAUGACGCCCAAUAGAGUCACUCUAACGGGUCAACGAGUGGUUUCGGAACAUGUGAGCAACAGCGACAGUCGAAGCGGUUCAAUCUUUGCGACCAAUUCUACUCUCAACAACAAAGCAAAUGGAACUACUAGCACACGCAUCGUUUCCGGAAUGCUAAGCAUACCAGAGCCCAGAAUUGCUGAGAUCGAGAAGGAGUUGAGAGAAGGACCUUCAAGUCCUGCAACACUUUUGCCAGCAGUGCCUGAUCGUAUACCCAUGAAGGAACCAUAUCAGAAGAUUACCGACCAGGUAUCGGAUGAGAGUUCGUCAGAUGAACAAGGCUCAGAUGCACAUGGCAAGGUCUCCGCCCUACGUCAAACUUCGAUAGCAGACAAUGGCUCCCCUGUGAAGGACAGUUCACAUGGUGAGGACCAUUUACGCAAUGUACAUCUAGCAGACCUUCCAGUAUCCAGAAGUCCCUCUGUCCCAGCACAAAGAAAGACCUCAUUAGAAGCAAAAGUUGAAAACAAGUCUGCUGGUGCUUUGGCUCAAAGCACAGGCACGGAUGAGCCAUUGAGAAAACUAAACUUUUCUGAAGAAGAAGAGGAAGAAGAAGGGGAAGAAGAGGAACAAGAAGUGAAAAGAAGGGAAGAUAAAGAAGGCAGCAAGAUCAAUGCAGAACGGAAAACGGCACAGCGCAGCACCGAUGGAGAAGACGAAGAGGGCGAGAAUACCGUCCUUAUUACCAGAAACGAUACAGAGGAUAAGUCCACUUCUAAUUCAAGUAUUCAAAAGGCCGAAUUUUUGAAAUUAAUGGAGAACGAAUCGAAUGAGCUACCUUUGUGGUUACAGGACACAGUCUCUAAGACCACCUCGAAAUCUAAGCCAUACACCACAGUACUGCAUAAAGAUAUCGAUAAUUCCAAACCAGACCCCAGAAAUAUUAUGCCGAAGCAUACCCCACGGAGUGCAGCCAAAAAGGCAGCUCAGCUUCUUUCGGGCAAACAAAAUCGGAACUCUAACGAUGUCGAUACUCAGAGGGGCACCGCUAGUUCUUCUAGUAGCGAUAUAGAAACUGCCAGCUCGCUUGAUGACGAUUAUGAUGACAAGAUAUCUAUCAAAGAGAACAAUUCGAUAAAAACGCUUAAUCUGCAUCCUUUGAAAGAAAGAGUGAUAUCAGAACAAGAAUCAAAAUCGCCGGUUGCCGAAAAUCAACAGCCUUCGCAGAGUACCGAUUUGAGUACUAACGGUGGCAUCGACCGGGAGAACGGCAUAGUAUCUUCUCAGAAGCCUCCGGCCAGUGAUGUGAACACCGAGUUGGCAACCAAUCUCCCUCAUGCCAGCAGAGAGAAGCCGGAUGCGGAAAAGUCAUUUACUAAAACUUCAAACGAACCUGUUCCUGAGAAUAAGAGUUUGAACCUACGUGGUGAAAACAGGGAUGGCAAAGGAUCGACAAACAUGCCCGACUCCUCAACUCAGGAAUCGUCAGGAAAGUCGCACCUUUCCAACACAUCAAGCGGCAAGCCAGAGAAGUUGCUGCCCAGCGAGAGCCAAGCUAAAUUAACCAAAAAGCAAGAGGCAGAAAUUAAACGUCGCGAGCGUGAGGCUGCUAGGGCUGCCAAGUUGGAGGCUGCUCAGAAACUGAAAGCCGAAAAGGAGGCAAUGAAAAUAGCCAAACAGAAAGCCAAAGAGGAAGCCAAACUAGCCAGAGAGGCGGAAGCAGCGAAGAAGAAGCUUGAGCGAGAAAAUAAGAAGAAAAUGAAACUAGAUGAGGCAAGAAGGAAAAAGCACGAAACCGCAACUAAGAAGAACAAUCAGGCCAGUUCAAAGAUCAAUGAACACGAGAAUCCAACAAAGCCUCAGAGCACUCCCCUGCAAGAUGGAGCCGAUCGGUUGAAGGAGCUGAAAGCGAAAUUCACAAAGUCGAGAGCCUAUGUGCCAGCGGGGUUAGUUCCUCAAAAGAUUUCGCGGUCAAAUCAUGACUCUGAGUCUGAUUCUAUCGAAACUUCUUCAGAUGAUUCUAGCUCAUCAUCAGAUGAAGAAGACUCUGCGGCUUCCAAGAAAUCUCGGAGGCUCAUUGUCGAUACGCCCAAGGGAUCGCUAAGUUCUGUGUCUCCUCAAAAGCCAGUUAAACAUUUGCCUGGAGUUGAAGACGUACCACAGUCCACCCAGCAAACAAGCUCAUCGACCCAAGAAACACCUAAUAAGAUUCCUGUGACCAGACUAAUGGAUAUGUCUUCACCAAAUUCUACCACACAGGAAAGCUCUGGGCGAUCGAGUUUCUUGCAAGGUCUUCCUCAGAAAGUACGACCAUCUCUAAGUUCGUUGUCUGAUCUAGUAUCCAGGGGCGUUCCUGAUGUUAGAGAAAAGAGUGCAGCAACGUCUCAAGUAAAUUUCCAGAAAGCAGCUGAAAGUUCCAGUGACGAUUCAAAUGAUGAGGAUGAAGACUCCGUUUCAGAAACGUCAAACUCCGAUAGUGAUAAUUCGUCAACGGAUGGCAGUAGUUUCAUAAGCGCAAAAUCUGCAAGCACUGCCCUAGGGAAGAAAAAGAGAGGCUCAGGCGGGUUUGCCUCUCUGCUCAAGGAUUCAAGAAAAGCCUAG